AUGUAUUAUAAUGCUUUAGCUUGGAGAUUGUAUAAUUAUUUAUUUGUAAUGUAAUAGAUUUCUACUAAUCUAUUUUAAAUUAAUAAAAAUGCAAUAAUCGAAAGUAAGUCUGAAUAAAUUUUAAAUGUUUUUCAAAAGAUGUUAAAUAUAGGAUCCUAGAAUUUUGGAGGAUUACCUACUGUUGGGAACGCUUUUAACACAAUAAUGCUGCUCUCGAUUUUGGAUUUGAAUAUCAUAAAGAGCAUAAAUUUACUACAAGAUUAAGAAAACUAAGUAAUAUUUUACAAUGUAGUUCUAUAGUUCCAGGCCAAUUAUAAAUAGAGAUAUAAAUUGCAAGCUUAGAAUUAAAUAGAAAUUAAUAAGCUAAUUUGAUUAAUGAACCAAAAUCAAGAUUUAGGAAGUUUGCAGAUUAAUUGUUGCAAGAUGAAGAUAAAUAAUUCAGAGAUAUUAUAUAUUGGGCAGCAGGUACUGAAGAUGCAUUGAUUAUUUUAAAUUAUUUGGAAGCAAUAGUGAUAUGA